AUGAAUGCAGGGUUCGAAGCCGUCCGCGAAGAGCCCACCGCAGGAAAGAAGCCUGUCAAGUAUUGGCGCCUGACAGAAGAGGCCGUCACCAACAGCAUCCAAUCUACAACGCGCUACCGGAAACAGACGAAUUACAAGAAGUGGGUGGCGUCGGAUUCGCUGCACCGCAGCGUCAGCGGUCAGGAGCUAUGGGGGGGGGGGGGAAGGCGACGAGGUUCACUGCGCUUGUAG